UCAAUAUGGUCCUGGGCUUCAACGGCACCGGCAGCAGCAGCAGCAGCAGCAGCGCGCUCCUGGCCAGCCCGCUGCUGCGCCCUUUCGCGCCCGAGGAUCCCCGGCAGCUGGGCGGCAGCGGCGCCGGGAUGAUCGCCGGCUCCUGGCAGCCCACCCGCCUGGGGAAGCUGCUGCAGGGGGUCACGGCCAGCCCCGGGGGCAGCGGGGGCGGCGACGGCAGCGGGACCCCCGGCGCGUCCAGCCCCGUCGGCUUGGGCGGCAACGAGACGCAGUGCGUGCUGAUCCUGAGCUACGGCAACGUGGAGAAAGUGGUGAUCGGGGCCGCGCUGUCGCUCAUCACCCUGCUGACCAUCGCCGGCAACUGCCUGGUGGUGAUCUCGGUGUGCUUCGUGAAGAAGCUGCGGCAGCCGUCCAACUAUCUCAUCGUCUCGCUGGCCCUGGCCGACCUGUCGGUGGCCGUGGCCGUGAUGCCCUUUGUCAGCGUGACCGACCUCAUCGGCGGCGAGUGGAUGUUCGGCACGGCCUUCUGCAACGUCUUCAUCGCCAUGGACGUGAUGUGCUGCACCGCCUCCAUCAUGACCCUCUGCCUCAUCAGCAUCGACAGGUAUCUUGGCAUAACCAGGCCUCUCACCUAUCCUGUAAGGCAAAACGGGAAGUGCAUGGCUAAAAUGAUCCUUUGUGUGUGGCUGCUGUCGGCUUCCAUCACUUUGCCGCCUCUCUUUGGCUGGGCUCAAAAUAUCAAUGAUGGCAAAGUAUGUUUAAUAAGCCAAGACUUUGGUUAUACGAUAUAUUCCACUGCUGUUGCUUUUUACAUCCCCAUGUCCGUUAUGCUUUUCAUGUACUAUCAGAUCUUCAAGGCCGCUAAGAAGAGUGCUGCCAAACACAAGUUUGCUGGCUUCCCGCGGCCCGAAGAAAACGAAGGGAUUGUUUCCGCCAACGGAAUUGUCAAACUGCACAAGGAGUCAGAAGAAUGCACAAAUUUUUCGCGGCUGCUUAAGCAUGAACGGAAGAACAUAUCCAUCUUCAAAAGGGAGCAGAAAGCUGCGACUACCCUUGGAAUUAUUGUCGGGGCUUUUACCGUGUGCUGGUUGCCCUUUUUCAUACUAUCCACAGCUAGACCCUUUAUCUGCGGAAGGGCUUGCAGUUGCAUCCCGUUGUGGGUUGAGAGGACUUUUCUGUGGUUGGGUUACGCAAACUCUCUUAUCAACCCCUUUAUAUAUGCUUUCUUCAACCGGGACCUGAGGACCACCUAUCGCAAUCUGCUGCAGUGCAGAUAUAGGAAUAUCAACCGUAAGCUAUCAGCUGCAGGAAUGCACGAGGCCCUGAAGCUUGCUGAAAAGCCAGAGUUUGUCCUGUAAGGUCAUUUGCCAUCUACUGUGUUUAUUCCGUAGCUGCAGAUGUAGAUGUUUCCUUUUUCAAGGGAAACCAAACAUGGACGUGAUUCCUUUAAACUAAGGCCAGAUCUUAGGGAAUUUUAAUUUUCUGCUAGUUUGUCACUGCUUCCUCUGAAGAAGCUUGGGCACUGUAUUUGGUUGAGAAUGCUGAGAAUUCUGUAGGAGAGAUCUGACCACCACACACACCUAGCAGCAAUUUCCCAGGAUACAUUAGCAAGACCAGGAAGGGGGGGCAUGCAAUUAAACCACUGUAAAUUAUAUUAUAACCAUGCUGUGGAGGCAAUAACGUCAAGGUUUGAUCACCCUUGGAGUCGUGGGAUAUUCAGAAUCCUUGUAUUUAAGCAACUCUCUUUUUAACUAAUGCAAAUCUUAAGGUGUUUAUAGAGCUGUUGGUGUGGGGAUAGCGAUUACUUUCUUGCUACUUAUUUUGUUGACUACUUGCAAUGUUAUCCGGUAAGCACAAGCAACGGCGCCCUACAGCAUCACACUAUGUGAACAGCUGAUUUUUAUCACAUUCGUGCUAUUCUACAUUUCUGGUUGCUGUGAAUGUUUGGUAAACCAGACAAUCACCUUUACUGUACAGCUGGGCAUUACACAUGAUUUGAUCUGUUUGAUUUCUUGCACUUUUCAGUAAGCAGCCAUAAUGUGGUAAAUGGUAACUUGUAGGUGUCGAGAAUUGUGUUAGAAUGAUUAGCUGCAUGCCUGUUCUGUGUGGGUUUCAACAAACAGCCUUCUAGGCUUUUAAAAAGCAACUGUUUUUCUGAAUUGAAAUUUGGCAAGCAUUCAGAAAAGAUGAAUAUUUUGGAGAAAACUAUAAAUAAAGCAUUGUUUGUAGAUCACA